AUGUCGGUUUCGUAUCAAGCCAGGCAGCAGAUCCCUUCGGAGCAUUAUACAUUGAUACGUCAAGGCAAAUACCGGUUGGAGAUCGACAAUCACCCCAAUCUAAAGCCUGUUAACAAAGAAGGCCGCUUGGAUGUCGGUAGUUUCAGUGGUAAUGCAUUCAUCCUGGCUCAGAUCGGGGAUAUGGGCCGAAAGAUUGGCCUCCUCAACGACUGCCUCAGGUUUGAACGCGAGGGAGAGGCGAAACCCCCGAUUUACGGGCAUCGGCUCGUAGUAAACGCUCCAGUCUCGAUGGCCAACCGCAAAAAUGCAGUUAGUAAUCGCCCCGGCGACUUUCAUGAUAAUGAAGACGAUGACGACGACGACGACGACGAUGAUGACGACGCUACUGAUAACAACAGUGCCAAUGACAACAAGCCCAACGGCAGUAAUCCCAAUUCCAACCCCAACAGCCAACCCCUGCUGUCUAAUGGCCAUUUGGAAGGCCGAGUUGAAGGAUUGGAGAGGCAACUUCGGCAACUCUCAACCCUAGCCCCUGAUAAUGGUUUGGCGCGUCGAGUCCAAGGACUGGAGGGACAGCUUCAGCGACUCUCAGUCCCGGCACCUGAUGUUGGUUUAGCGCACCGCGUCCAAGAAUUAGAGGGUCAGCUCCAGCGACUCUCAAUCCCGGUCCCUGACAAUGGUUUGCUGCGUCGAGUCGAAGAAUUAGAGCGUCAAAUUAGGGGUGCAGCGCGAUCGGAUAGCCUCCCACUUGUGGAUGGUGGGUCUUACACCACCCCGUAUUUACCUGGACAAAGAAGGGAGUAUCGGAUCAACUUUGCGAUGAGAUUCCAACGGCCUCCAUCUGUGAUAACGAGCAUCUCUAUGGCAGAUGUAGAUAGAGGCGCCAACCUUCGGUUGAGGGUCCAGGCGCAGAAUGUGGAUACGAACGGGUUUACGCUUUUUGUUGAAGCUUGGCAUGAUACUAGGCUCUACCAAUGUACUGUAUCCUGGGUCGCUCUUAGUAGAUGA